AAUGCCCGGUCAAUGGCAACUUGCUCGCUUUUUACGCAGCGUGUAGGUGCAAGUUCUGCCACGAAGUUGAAACAGCGCUUGUUAAUUAAACGUCAGGAUUACAAUACUUGUAAUCAAAUGAAAUAAUUUUACGACGGCAAUUUGAAAAGGGAGAUCGGGAAGAAUUACAACAGUUCUGAAUUUUGGACAUUGAAGAUCUGAUGAUAUGCAUGCAUCAGUUUUACAGCAUCCUUCACUGGCUAAUGCGAUGGGGCAGGAUAAUGGACAAGAUGGGGACAUUGAUGAUUUAACAUGCAUUCACUGGGGUUACCUGAAUGUCUUGCAACUAAAUGAUGUUACAGGAAAAAAGAUAAAGCAUCCACGUUGGCAGACAUUUUGGACAGACUUGUGUGGCUCAACACUGCGUCUUUAUAGGGACACAUCCUUGCCUGAAAGCAAUAAUGCUUUCCCACCAUCAACAAUGAUUGGUCCAAGACCAGAGAGUCAAAUCAAGUAUGCCUUCUUCAGUUUGAAAAAUGGAAAUUUGAAAGACUGUGAUGGAAUAGACAAGUCUCCUAAACUGAGCAGAAAGCAAAAAAUUGGACGAAAGCAUGUCUUGCAGAUUAUAUUGUCAAAUUUUUCCAUCUAUUUCUUGCAAGCACCCACUAUGUCUUCAUUCUACAGAUGGAGGACAAAAUUGCAGUCCAGUAUAGACCAUGCUGAUGCUGAUGAGAACUUCUAUGACAAGCAGUUACGGGAUGCAAAGAUGGCAAUUUACGAACAACAGAGAAUUUGUAUCCAGCCAACGCACGCUAAUGAUCGGGACUCAAAGGACGGAGAAAACGUCUCAUCCUUUUCUCCGCCUUGCGACCCCCGUGUUGCAGCACUCAAGGAAAAACUUCAGGAAAAAAGACAAUUACUGAUUCAACUGGAAAACCAGGAGAGAGAUUUUCUUGGCGCUGACAAUGAAAGCGAAUCUACUGUGAAAAGAAUUGAGUUUUCUGCAACAGCUUCCAAGAAUUAUUUUCUGUGUGUUGGUCGACAUGACACCCUGAUUCCUGAGGGACAAACGUUCACCGUGUUUGGUCUGCUACCCAAUGGACGUUGGAGGUGUUUUAUGGAUAAAGACGAACGGCUGGGAUCUUGUAAGGAUUCUAAUGGGGAUAACAACUACACCUAUCCGUUGAUCGGUAGUGUACCGUCAAGUGUCAUUGUUGAACUAAAUCAGCCGUGUAGCAUCAAAGAUUACGUUGAUAGCCUUUCCGUUUCGUCAAACGAGACUUCACCCCCCGGUACGCCUGCUGAUGAUCUAUCUACAAAUUCGCCCGAGCCCUUCACCUUUGACGGCCUAAAGCCGCCUAGUUCCCAGUCUUCACGACGUUCAUCUGAUGGCGUCAUCAGGACUAGUUCUCAGGCUUCACAGCCGGAACCUUACUCUAACCAUAGACGUGCUUGCACUCUCCCUCAAUCGAGGUCACCCGUCUCUACCUCCCAAGGGAGCCCCACUCCUACCAGACCAACAAGGUUGACCCCCUCUGGCAAUCAGGCAUUCACCCAUCGCGUGACCCGGCCCUCGGAUUCUUCAAUGUCACCCACCUCUCCCCAACCACAGAGUGUUUCAAAUGCGAUAUCUGAUCUCAACCGAGCGCUGGAUUGUUUAGCUGCGCUCAGGCCACGAUCGAGAGUCUCUUCCAAUGUUUCAACAUCCAGCAGAACUUCAAACUCCAGUCAAGAGGAUGAGAGCUCAGAUAUGAGCCGUGGUUCCAGGAUAGAGUUGGUCUCUGACGAUGAAUCAACGAAUGUUGUUAAGCCAGAUGCGGUUGUUCGUAGAAGGAAAAAACGGGACAUUCACAUCUCCCGGAAACUUCAUGCAAAAGGAAUCAGUAUUAUCGUCGGUUCCUCGAGCUCCUCUGAAGAUGAAGAUGAUUGUGAGGAAGUGAAAAUAACGCCACAAAGUAGCGAUGAACCAUGCAAGAAAACGGACACCAUUACCUCAAGAAAGAUCGGCGGACUACAUUCUUCGAAAGAAAAGCUCACAGAGAAAGACACAAAAGCUGUGAAAUCAUCGCCGGAAAACACAAGCAAGCUUCCAAAUGGAGACAGGGCCAAAAUUGAUAUACCAACGACGACCACCGACCUUUUACGGGAGUUCUCCGAGAACGGUUGUUAUGGUGAACCAAUCAGAAACAGUGUAACUCAAGCGCAGUUCAAACCUCUGGCAAGCCACGAAAUCCCUCCGCCGCUACACCAGAGGCGAACGUUGCAAAUGACGAGAGAAGAAAAUGAGGGAUUUGGAUUUGUACUACAAACGAAUACAAUUAUACAGACAGGUGCUUACAGCGACUCAAUGACGUUUAUUUCAAAUGUUUCUGAAGAUGGCCCGGCGUAUCUCGCCGGAAUGAGACCAGGAGAUGUUAUUAUUGAAGUGGAAAAUGUGACCGUGGAAGAUGAAUCUCACCAAAUGAUUGUGGAAAAGGUGAAAAACGCUGGUCUGACCGUGAGGCUCGUCGUGGUGUACAAAGACGCCAUUCGUCGUAUAAGGUUGUCAACGAAGCUGUUUGCAUUGAAGGCUCGUCUUGGCGAAGCUGAGAAUGCGUAUGACGCUUGCACUAAGAAAGAGAACAUGAUUAUGAAUCACGUCAAAGACCCAUCAGCUCAUGAUAUAGAGGUGAGAAUGGAGGUGGUCUAUAUAUAUAUUGUGAUCUCCAGCGCAACCUUCGCACGUGACACGGCGGAGGUGAAAGAUUCUGUCAAUCAAAUUAAACGAACACCAAGCGAACUUUUGCAAGAGCAACGCUCCCCGGAGUGCGGUGCGUCCACGACCGGCUACGACUUGGUACGGGAGUUCGCGACGUCUUGCGAACCCCGCAUUGGACUUGACCCCGAGCGCAAAGCGACUUCGCCAAAGUACGCGAGUGACACAGCGCUAAAUAUGGCGAAGAAAAAAAACGAGAGCAGUCCCAAACAUAAAACCUUAAAACUGUGUCAAAGGUCAUCAUUUGUGUCCUACAUAUCCCUUGAUGAAACAGAGCUUGACAAUUCUACAAAAACCUUGCCUGACAUGACCUCGAGACGGAGGGUGAAAUCAGAUGGGUACGACCCUGACGAUUCUUCAGACCUUGCGGAGAAGGUUGAGGACGAGCGACCCCCCCAGAAAAACGCGACUUUGCCGGCGCAAAAACGGCCAGAGUCGUACAUGAUCGCGCUUGGAUCACAAAACGCUCUAGAUACAAGUCAUUUUAGAAAUACACAACAUUCAAGGAUUGAUGAAUGUGAUCUGGAAGAUGAUGGUUUUGUCUAGCUGUGGUAUUACAUUCUGUGUGUGCUCUAUCGAGCCAUAAGUCAAUACCCUCAAAAUCUCGUUCUGGUUACUAGGACACGCUAAGUGCACGCUUAGCCUGCCAUAAACCAUUCCAUGUUUAUAAUGCCGUGGAUAUAGGAUUUCCAAGUAAAGGCCCUUAGACUAGUGGGAUUAUCUAGAAUUCCUGUCAUCACAUCGUAAGCUACUCAGGAUGAACGUUAAUGGCCAUUAAUGGCCUUUCCCGAUCGACGUUUGUUCCAAAAAAGCCAAUCUCUCCCAAGUCCUCCCGAAAUCACCAUUCUUCGUUAAACGAUGUUACUCCCACCCCACCUCUUUUACAUCUACCAACACCCACCUCAACCCCCCCCCGUUCCUGUCCUUAACCGUUGGUAUAUUCCCUCGAAUAAUAUCCAGACGACGAGUUCAAAUUUUCUAUUGAGAACGUUUAAAUGGUGCCGGUCUGACUGAGUUUCCUGAAUGUGCAUUUGAUAUGAAAUAGUUUGGUAUGAAAAGAUCGAGUUGGAAUCAAAUUUCGCCAUUCUCAUACGCUAAACGUAAUUGGAAUAUUCAAUGGAGAUUCUUCGUUAUCUAUUGAUAUCCAAUAUGUUCACAGAAAGAGAGGUCGAUUUUCAACCAUCCUGUCUUCGAUUCUGAAAAGAUCUCGAAUCUAAAUUGCUGAUGUUUUGCAAAGGCCUGAAGAAAAUUGAAAUCGACACCAUUCACGGAAUAUAAACAUAUGCCUUUUAACGCAAACAAUCGCUGUAAAUAGACAAACGUAUACAUUUUAAUAUAAAAUAUAAAU